CUUAUCUUUACGUUGCGUUACGACUGGAUUUCAGAGACAUUUAUACCGCCUACAAGACGGCUAAUAUCACAAUCAUCAUUAAAAUUUGCUUUUGAUUUGUAUAGGAUUGCCAUCCUCAGGAUCUGGACGAAUAGUUGAAACAGUAGAAGUUUUACGGUAAAACACAUGUCGAAGAAAUUGCCGGCUUGGAUGCUGGUGGGACGGAUUCUUGGGCUACUCUUUAUAGCUACCCGUUCAGUUAUUUCGAGGUGUCCAGAGCCUUGUAAUAAACCUCUGGGGAUAUCAGAUGGUCGAAUUCGAGAUGAUCAAAUGUCUGCUUCGAGUGCCUACGACAACGCCUUUGAGACCUUUGGAGCACACCGAGCGAGACUAAACCUCACAACCUGGCCUGCAGGAUACAGGGCCAAUAUCGACGCACUCGAUGAUUUUACUUGGAUAAAGAUCAAGCUGGACCAAGACAUGGUGAUAACAGGCAUUGCCACUCAGGGCUACGGAAAUGCAUCUUUUAGCGAAUGGGUCUCUAGCUACCUAAUCUUUUUCGAGAAGGAAGGGGUUGAGGAAACAGCGUCUUGUACAAAUACCGAUGGCGAACCAACGGCGAUGUGUAAUGGAAAUGUCGACUCAAGUUCAAUCCAAUACCAUAAUCUUGCUACUCCUGCGGUAACAAAAAGCAUCACAGUCAACCCAUUCCAAUGGAAGGAUAAUGUCGGUCUUCGUAUGGAGCUGUAUGGAUGUGAGCCAGAAUUCCAUUUUGUGGCGGUGAUGACCAUAUGGAAAACGCGUUUUAAACUGGAUUACGCCAACUCCACAACCGAGAGCUACCUUACCAUGAGAGACGAUGUAAUUGCUGAGGUUACAGACUUGUUGCGUGGUGUUUCUGGAUUUCUCUUUGCUGAUUUGCGGACCCUAAGUCCACAUUCAGGGUCCAAGAAACUUGUUAUGGCUGCGGAAGUUCAAAUUUAUUGUAUUCAGUCAAGAAAGGCUGCAGUAGCUCAAGAGUUAAAAUUUAGCUUACGGAGUGGCUUUUCCUCGAUGCUUGGCGAGUUUCUUUACCUUGAGGAACUUUUUAACUGCCAGUGCGACGUUCCUUCAGUUAAGGUCGAGCUGAGGAAAACCUUGGAGGAUGCUGUGAUUAUUCACACAAAUUCUCGGUUUCUUCUAAAAGCGACUCAUAAAGGAGAUUGUAAAAGGUAUAACUCUGGUAGCUACGAACUACAUUGGGAGGUGUCCAAAUGCGAGGAAAGCACUGGUUUUUUUAAUCAGAUGAUUCCGUACGGAAAGAAUAAACCAGGUAGACCUAAAUUCCUUUUCCCCCGGCUUUUUGGCGUUGGUUACUUGUACAUCCGGUGUGUCCUCAAAAAUCACUUCAAGGAAACUAUAACUUACGAUUAUGGGUAUGUUCGUAUCACACAUCCACCACUCGUUGCGAAGAUCGACGGGCCGUCAAGGGUCCUCAUGGGCAAUGAGAGUUUUGUGAUAUUGGAUGGAUCGGCGAGCUAUGACCCAGUGGAAAGACACAAAAAGGCAAACAGUCUCUCAUUUACCUGGUUUUGCAGAAGAGAAGGAGUGUUGCAGAAGGACAAGGAUGAAAUUUCGACGGUCUACCCAAAUGACACUCGUGUUUGUCAUGGAACUGAAACCAGGCAUUUGAACAGUUCCAUGCCCAUGCUCACUCUAGAUUUAGGUAGAUUAAGUGGAAACAAUACAUACGUUUUCGAACUUUUGGUUCAGAAGGGAGAUAGAUUAACUCGAACGACUCACAAACUAUACGUUGAGCCGCCGUUUCAGCUAUUUUUCGGAUGUACAACAAAUUGUGGGGCCAAAGUGAGCGCCAAUCGGCGGUUGACCAUAAGAACUUCCUGCUCAGGGCUAUUGUGCGACAGAAUAGCCAGAUACAGCUGGUUAUUAUUUAAACUGAAAUCUAACGGCGAGGACUGGCUCGAGGUGCCGAGCUUUGAGGAGAAAAUACUGACUGACAUCGAUAGUCCUUAUUUAGUUAUUCCUGGUGAUGAGCAACUUCUGGAGAAGAGCAGCAAGUAUAAGUUAAGAACAAUUGUAGCACUUUCAAAUAAAUUCACUCUCACAGAGGAAUUCAUUUUCCUCACUAAUUCUCCUCCUCGUGCAGAGAGUGAUGGUGGUGGUUGCUCCGUUAUACCUGCUGAAGGCUUCGUGUUGACAACAGAAUUUAACAUCAGCUGCUUUGGGUGGUUAGAUGAUGAUCUGCCUUUAACUUACGAUUUCAGAUAUCACACCAGUUCAGGUGUAUUAGUGAUAAAUAGUGGUCUAAAACCCUAUACUAUCACCCGGCUGCCGCUUGGAAACAUAACAUUAGAAGCCAGAGUAUCAGACUUCAUGAAUGCCUCCGCUAUUGAAAGAUUUCAGGUUCAGGUGAAACCGGUACCUGCAAAAGACAUUUCAAAAGUUCUUGAAACGUCGACCAGCGAUGGCAACAACUCACUCCAAGGGCUUAUAAAUGAAAAAAACUUUGAUGAGGCUGCACAGAUGGCAUAUUCAAUAGUGACGGCUGUGAAGGAAGCCAAUAUUGGUAGUGAAGACAAACAGAGGGUAAAGGAAGCAGUGCUUGAACAGAUUUCAGUAGUGGAGAUUAACUCAAUGCAACAGGUAACUCAACUAUCAGCUGUUGUUGUCGUGGCAACGGAGGAAGAAAAAGGCAUAGAUGUGUCAGUUCAGGAAAAUGCCGUUGGCCUUCUAGAAAAUAUGACGGAAUUCAUAACCUCACGAAUAGGCACUGAGGCACAGAAUGUUGACUUGGUUCGAAACAUUGGAGGGAAUCUGCUACAAGGAAUUUCCAACUCACUAAGCGCAUCUGCAAAAAAGGCUGUCGUCUUUGAACAAAAUACGUUAUUGGAUAAAAAAGGCAGCGAAGACGUUAUUAUAGACUUUAAGAGGAAGCAGAACAAAAAGAUUGUUAAGAAGGCUCUCCAUCUGAUCGACAAACUAGCAAGUGGACUCUUAGAAACAAAGGUACCUGGUGAAAAACCAAGCGUGUACUACACCGAUAAGCUGAUGGUGACGCUAGAUCGACAAACGCCGCAAAAAAUGUCUGGCAAGACUGUGGGUGAGGGUGAAGGAAAGGCAACCCUUCCACCUGCUAAUAUCCUGUUUGAGGCAGACAUGGCAAACAUGAAAUAUGUUGAUGCUCAGAUCACUUCGUUUGACGAGAACCCCUUCACUUGGGAUGAGAGUGCAAAAGGUAUCCAAUCGAAGGUUGUAGAAUUCACGUUAAAGAAUGAUGGAACAUCGCUGAAUAUCUCCGGCCUCCAAGAACCAAUUGAGCUGUUUAUUCCGGUUACCCGAACAGACCCGAAGGGCGAAAACAGAUCCCUUAAAGAAUAUUUCGUAAAACCAAGCGAUGGCUUUAAUAAUUUGCGCUAUCAUCGAAUUGAUAUUCCAUCCCCCGAUUCGAAGGUCUCUUUCGAGAUUCAUCCUGAACAAGGACAAUUCUUGGAAAUUUUCGUGGCAGCCCAAAGGAAGCCGACAUCGACUGACUUCCAGUUCAAUAUCCGUCUACCAAAUUACGCCUCCUGUUCUGCGUUUUCUGAAGCAAUUGGGUAUUACAACUGCAGCAUUAAUCCAUACGAGGUCUCACUAUCAAGUGAUGUCACCGGAAAUACUGGUCUUCAUUACAUUGGUAUUAUGCAUUCCUCGAAUGAAGCUGAAAAAUCUCCCAGCAGAGUUUCGCGGUCUUGCAGAAACGGUGGACGGCGCCAAAAGCGUUCUUGCAUUGGCGUCAAAGAUCCUCCUACCCUUCCGCCCCCAACACCGCUGAUUUUGGUGCCCAAAUAUAAUAGAAGUACAGACGUGAACUACACGAUGUCAGUGACUGUGACGAGCUGUUUAUAUUGGUCAGAGAGCAAGCAGAUCUGGACAAAUGAAGGGUGCUCGAUUGGACCAAAAACAAAGUCAGCCAGUUUGCAUUGCCUUUGCAACCAUCUCUCAGCUUUUGGCGGGGAUUUCUUUGUUGCGCCAAAUCCAAUCGAUUUCGACAAAGUAUGGAAAAAUUUUGGAAAACUGAGAGAGACUGGAAACUACGUUGUGUUGGCAACUGUGUGUUCCAUAUUUGGUCUUUAUAUCAUGGGACUUGUUUUGUCCCGAAGAGCGGACAAGAUCGACGAAUUGAAGGCUGUGGGAAAUGUGUUUUUGAACGACAGUACUAGCUCUGGUUGUGUUUAUAAUGUGCAUGUACAAACUGGAAUGUGGACAAACCAGGGGACCACAGCGCAGGUAGGAAUAGCACUUUAUGGUGAAGAAGGCUGCAGUGGUCCUAUCUCACUUUCGGAUUCUAAAGCGAGGAAGAUAUUGUUUGCCCGUGGCAGCCUAAAUAGCUUUACUUUCGCUUUGCCAACCUCACUGGGAAGGUUAUUCAAGAUACUUAUUUGGCAUGACAACAGCGGUGAAGAUCCUGCUUGGUUCCUUCAACAAAUUCAAGUGGAAGAUACCAGAAGUGGAGACCUAUGGCAUUUUCUUGCAAACCGAUGGCUUGCCUUAGAGAAAGGAUCUGGGGAGAUUGAGUAUGAAAUAAAUGCGGCCAAUAAAUACGAGCUCAGAAAGUUUAAGAAUCUAUUUGUUUUUCGGACGGCAAAGAACUUAGGGGAUAGACAUUUGUGGUUGUCUGUGUUAACAAGACCGCCCCACGUUGCGUUUACACGCUGUCAGCGAUUGUCUUGCUGCCUGUCAGUCCUGUUCACUGCUAUGGUAACUAAUGCCAUGUUUUAUAAUUUUGGUGCGUCUCCGAAGGACUCUUUUCAGGUGGGACCUUUAAAAUUGAGCUGGACACAAAUUAAGAUUGGGAUCCAAAGUAGUUUGAUAGCGAUUCCUAUAAACGUCUUAGCUGCUUUGAUUUUUAGAAACAUUAAACAGAAGCCUUCUGAAAAUGUUUUUGACAUCAGAGAAAAUGAGCCUAAAGAGAAAGUUCCCGGUUGUCUGCCUCACUUCUUUAUUUAUAUUGGAUGGACGAUUUGCAUUCUAACCUCCCUAACUUCUGCAGCCUUCAUCGCGUUCUACAGCAUGAUGUGGGGCAAGGAAACUUCAAAUCAGUGGCUAACUUCGGUUACUGUGUCGUUCAUUCAAGACGUAUUUGUUUCUCAGCCAAUAAAAGUCAUUCUUUUGGCUUCCUUACUGUCACUUAUAAUCAGAAAGCCGCCCGAUCGCGAGAAAGUUUGUGGAAUAACGUAUCACAAAGGAUAUUCUAGCGAUAAAACAGUUGCUAAGCCACCACAAGGGGUUGAACUGGAGAAAGCUAGAGACUACCGAGCUAAGGUUAAGGGCAUGUAUAACGUUCUAUCUGAAAUAACCCUCUUCUUGACUUUCUUCCUGCUUUUACUCAUUGUAUGUUAUGGGAAUCGAAGUCCUUCACGUUAUGUGUUGACAACAUCUAUGGAAGACGCCUUUCGUAAUUUCAAGGGCAGAAAUAUUUCGUCCUUUUGGACUUGGAUACAUAGUAGACUCUUGCCAGCGCUUUACGACACCAAGUGGUACAAUGGGUGGACCUUUGAUUAUGAUGAAGGUUUCUUACGCAACAGAGAGCUUUUCAUGGUGGGGAUGCCGCGUUUAAGGCAAAUCAGAAUAAAACCUGCAAGUGUCUGUGUAGGUUCAGAGAAGACACCGCAACUUGGAACGUCGUUUACCAGAUGCAUUCCUUCGUAUUCGCCAAAAAGAGAAUACAAGACGCCAUAUAAUUUGCCUGAGUGGAUCCCGGUGACGAAAUUAAGUGAUAACCAAUCAGUGUUUGAACUAGAAAGACUGUGCCCUAAACCCUGGAGAUAUAAAACUUCCUGGGAUUUAAAAACACUCUCAUAUGAAGGAUUUUACAGAACAUACGAUGGAGGAGGAUAUGUGGCAGACUUGGGCUACAAUAUCAGGUCUGCUUUAGGAGUUGUUAAGGAACUACAGACAAACAACUGGAUGGAUGAGUUCUCCACAGCUAUUUUUGUAGAAUUUACAAUUUUCAAUCCGUCGAGCUCACUCUUUAGUGUCGCGAAAUGCCUGUAUGAGCGAUUCCCAACAGGAGGAGUAGUGUUUUCAAAAAGUGUAAGAACCCUCACGUUAUAUUCAGCAUCGAAUAACAACUAUCAAACUUUCCACGAAGUUUGUCAACUUCUCUUCAUGGUUCUCAUUUUAUUUCUCAUCAUUAAUGAAAUGUCCAAGAUCUAUAGGGAGAGGAAAAAGUACUUUACCAAGUUUUGGAACUGGAUGGAAUUGAUACAAAUAUUAACCGCGAUUUCCUCUCUUGUCAUGUACUUCUUGAAAGCCAAAUAUACUAGCUGGUUCAUAAGGAAAGUCAGGAACAAUCCCUUCGAGACCUCAAGUGCGGAUUAUAUUGUUUUAUGGUCAGCGGUUGAAAUCUAUGUGCUAUCAUUUCUCAUAUUUAUCGUUACUAUAAAGUUUCUCAGACUCAUUCGUUUUAAUCGCCAUGUGUGUCAGAUGCUGGGGACUCUGGCACGCGCUGUGAACCCUCUCGUCUCUUAUUCCGUUGUGUUUAUUUCAACGGUACUGGCGUAUACUCAGCUUGGUUUUUUGUUGUUUGGUUCCACAAUGCUUCCAUACUCCUCGUUUUUAAACUCCCUUCGCGCCGUGUUGCAAAUGCUUCUAGGAGGAAGGAUGUACUUUUACGAGAUAAAAUCAGUUAAUGGCAUUUUGGGGCCGUUGUUUAUUUUUCUCUACAUGCUAACAAUGGCGUUUAUACUCUUGAACAUGUUUAUAGCCAUUCUAAACGAUUCCUAUUUUCAAGUGGUCGAAAUUCCGCAAAAUGAAUUUGCCGAUGCUGAUUUGGGGGAGUUCAUGAUUUCCUACUUGAUUAGAAACAUGAAGCUUAGAGGAAGACGAUUGGUUUCCUCAUUUAAAACAACCAAAAAAAGUCGUGCGUCACGGUGUCGAUCGAAAGAGAGGAAAUACGUUAUUAAGGAAAAAUACUCGUCGGAAAUCCAGAGAUUGUUCACAGUUGAACUCCAAACAGAAAUAACAGCAACAUGUCCAAUAGCGUCGAUAGAAUCUUUCACAGAAGAUUUGGAUGAUACAGAUAGAAACGAAAAUACUUACAAAAUCAGUGAACAAAAUGGUACCAGGGCAGUUAUAGAUUCAGGAAAUAUAAGCCUGUCUAGCCUUCUCUCCAUAGAUGAGGCAUUUGAGUCAGAUGAAGAUGGGUAUCUUGAAGAGGUGCUGCUAAAUGUUAAGAGCGCAUCAUAUUCUUCAGAAUUUGUUUUACGUGUGUCGCCAUUGCGUCCAAUAGUUGAGACAAAUGUAUGAAGACAUGGUGACGCCUGACGUCCGCGUUUUGAAGGUUUAGUUUUGUGCACCCUCAGGCAGAAACACGUUAUUCUUUUUAUAUAUAUAUGUAUAUAUUCCUCAUUUAGAGUCGGUGAUAAUCUUGUCUACACGAUAUCCGUCUGCUUACAGAGAUUUCUACAUUUUGUUAAGAAUGACUCAAGACUUGAUGGCCUAGUUAUAUGGGUACUCUUUUUAAUAACGAAAAAAAAAAAUAUAUUCAGCACAAAAAUGGCGCAAUUUUUUAGAUGUACUCAGUGCACCUAGCGGAAUUAGAGCCUCACGCCGUUGAGCCUCUGAAUCACGAAUAGCCAAUGCAAUGGCCCCCAAUAAGGAAACAAGGACGAACGUUUCAUUAGGUAUAUGCGCCCGACUUUUCAUUUCUUGGUCAAACCAAUGUGGCCAAUCUUUUAGUUACUGCAUACACCAGCAUGACCGACCUCAACAAAUAACGCUUAGAUACACAAUUAUAGCGAUCGUGACUGCAAGUGAUUACGAAUUAUUUCAACAGAAUAUGACAGAGUUGCUGUCGUGUUCGCGGGGUUAUGUAUGCGCGUAUACAGACUACGGCACUGUUAUUUUUUCCGCGCGACUUUUUUGCCAUAAGCAGAAAGUGGUAUACAUAAUUUUCCAAGGAGGUGAAAACAAGUAUGUCCUAAUGUCAUUUAGUUUUUAGUUUAUCUAGGUGAGUCGCUACGAACGACAUUAGCCAUAGGAAGAAAAACAAAAGGGAUGUCGGUUCAUAUCUAAGCAAACCCGUGCCCUUUGCCUUGAUUAUACUUAAAACUUCGUUAUGUUCUGUUAUUUAUUUUUAAUCCUUUUAAACCAGCGCGUUAAGCUGUUUAUCCCAUUUUAGAUAUAUAGAUGCGACGACUUUUUUUUUCAUCCUUGUCUGAUCCUUUAAAACUAAUUUAUUUGAGCUAAAAAUGUUUUAGGAUGUGGAUCCCCAAACUCCAUAAUAAUCUUUUCAUGUAUUAUUAUUAUUUUGUCCUUCCCAUUUUUCCUAGUAAUACCCCACCCAUACAAUUCCUCCAAUAGUUUUCUUAAUUUUCACUGUUAGCACCAACAGUUUGGGAAACACAUGAAUAUUCCGUCAUUACUCUCCAACUGAAGAAGACCUAAAUAUAUUUAUACAAAUCACAACUGGAUACCAAUUCUAUUUCUCUAUGAUUUGUUUAUCAUUGUUUUUUUUUCUUUUUUUUUAAGUAAGUCCCAAUUUUCUUCAUGAGUGUUGACCAUAGCGUCAAAAUCAAUUUAUUUGAAUUCUUGGUAUAAUUCCAAGUGCCCUCCUUUCAGUUCUUAUAAUAGUUCCUUCCUGUAUAAAGAAAAAAACUAAACAUAAUCCAUACCUAAGAAGUGAGUGAUGUAAAGCAAAAUCUUAAAAAAAACAUACAUCCUAUUUUUCUUUACCUUCUAGAAAGGUGUCUGCUGUUUAUUGUCCGUUUUACCCUCUGGCGAUGUUUGAUAAAUAAUGUAUGAAUUAUAGAGGUCUUACUCAUUUAAUGAAAAUAAAUCGCGUUAAUAAAAAUAAAUAGUAAAAAUUGGUUUUUCUCCAAACGUCACGUCUCUAGUCCGAAAUUUAA